AUGUUGAACAGCGCGCUGCUUGUCUCCCUUUUCGGCCUCUCCGCAGCUCGGCACCAUCUUGAGCAUCGCGCUACCUCUGGCUGCUAUCCGCAAGCGGCAAACACGAAUGGCGAUACUCUGACUGUCAUUACGACUGGAGAAACACCCGGUGGCUUUACUGCGCCUCCGAGGGGAUGGAACUCGUGGGGCAUCCAGGAUAAUCCAAGGACCACGCCGAGUUAUCCAUCAUCCCUAUCCGGCUACCCUAACGAAACCUUUAUUCUUCAGCAAUGCUCAGUCUUGGCCGGCGAUGCUUACGCCAACGCAGGCUACACCCUGUGCAGUAUCGACGGUGGUUGGGAUAGUUCUACAACAGACGACUAUGGUCGUAUUGUUCAGAACAGCACACUCUUUGACGACAUGGCAUCCUUGGCCAGCACGCUCCAUGACAUGGGGCUCUUGCUGGGUAUCUAUAGUCAACCCAACGUGCCUUGUGAUGCCACCAACAAGACCAUCUACGGCACCGACAUCCUUAUUGGCUCUACCUUUGACGGCUCGGAGGACACGAGUGGGAACUGCUAUUUCAACUACUCCAACCCAGACACCCAAACCUGGCAUGAUACGCAAAUCGCUCUUUGGGCUAACUGGGGGGUUGAUAUGAUCAAACUCGAUUAUAUCACGCCAGGUUCCCAAAUCGGAGAUAGUGGCGAACCAUCAAAUACCAGCGCCGCCGCUAUCGCAUACCAUCAGGCUAUCAUCAACAGCGGUCGGCAGAUACGUCUUGAUCUUUCGGCAAACGUCUGCCGUAAUUCGCCCUAUCUUGGACUAUGGGAGGCCAACGCCGACAGUAUACGGGUCGCCGUGGACAUUAAUGCCGCUGGAUCUUCCAAAUUCCUCGGCAGCAUGUGGAAGGUCCAGGGCACUAUCGAACAGUAUCGUCAAUAUAUCAACCAAGUACUCGAGGCUAACACAGCCAUGGUGGUUUACCCUGAUUUGGACAAUAUGUUCAUUGGCAACGGGGAAAACGUGACGGGCAUUACUGAUGGACAGCGAAUAACUAUCGCGAGCCAUUGGAUUGGCGCAUCCGCUAACCUUAUCCUGGGCUCGGACAUGACAAGCAUUGACGAUCUCGGCUUGCAACUAAUUACUUCAGCCUCAUCAAUCUCUGCCGCAGAAUUUUGCGCAACCUAUCCGAUGCAGCCGCGCAACCCAGGUACAGGGAGCAACCAGGCGAUGCAGCUGCAGGCCUGGCUUUCCGGUCCUGACGGUGACGGAAACGCCUACGUGCUGCUAACAAACUUGGGUGAGAACGAGGGGAGAGGAGGUUAUGACACUGUUGGCACUGGGAAUUUGACUGUUACAGUCUCAUUGGCGGAUCUAGGUCUAGAUGGCUCAAGCUAUGCAGUCACAGACGUAUGGAAUGGUACCGUCACUACUGUAGAGUCUGGAGGAAGUCUGUCGGCAGUCUUGGACGAUGGAAACUCCCAGUUCUUGCAGCUGACGCCUGCCUGA